UCGGUUUCCUCUUCCGGCCAUGAGGGCGGCGUUGGUGGACUACAGCAGCUCCGGCUCGGAGGACGAGAGCGAGGCCGCCGCCGCCGCCCGGGAAAAGAGCAGCGGGGACGCCCGGUCUGGCCCGGCGGGCGGCCGCGGUUUCUCCCCUCCGGGCAGCAGAGCUGCAGUGCCCUCCCUCCCCUUGCCAGACAGCGUGCGGAGGAUGUUCAAGGAUCAGGAAGAGAAGGAAAGGGUGGUGGAUGACUGCAGUAAACAUGAAGGCCGCCUGCGGACAUUUCCUCAUGAACGAGGCAACUGGGCAACCCAUGUGUACAUGCCGUGCAAAGCUGGGGAGGACUUUCUGGAUUUACUGCAGCUCCUCCUAAUCUGUGGGCGCGCUUAUGUGCCUCUGCUGACGGGACAGGAAGAAUUCCACAUCAGCCUCUCUCAAGGUGUAGUGUUGCGCCAUCACUGGAUCAACUCUUUUGUCCAAUCCCUCAAAGAACGCUUGUCUUCCUGCCACAGAUUCAUCUUCAGAGCUGAUCAAAUGAAGGUUUAUACCAAUGAGACCAAAACCAGGACCUUUGUUGGCUUAGAAGUCUCUUCAGGACAUUCUCAGAUGUUGGAGUUGGUUUCAGAAGUGGAUGAAGUAAUGGAGGAAUUUAACCUAAUGCCUUUUUACAAGGAUCCCUCGUUCCACCUGAGCCUCGCCUGGUGUGUGGGGAAUAUGUCGGAAGCCCUCGGAGGCCAGUGUAUUCAGGAAAUGCAGGAGAUUGUGGAUGACUUUGAGGAGUCAACCCACUUGCUGCGAAUUCCUGGGACUGAAGUCCGUUGCAAAUCUGGCAAUAAGGUCUUCUCGUUUCCUCUGAGAUAGAGAAGCCCAGGAACAAUAACAAUCAAUUUGCAGUAGAAACCAUCAGCCCUUUUCCAAAGAUGGUCAGGGGUGCCACCGGAUUCCCAUGAAGUCCAUUGGGAGCUCAACUACCCAUGGCAGCAGUAGACUAUCCAACAGCACAUUUCAGAGCCACGGCAGUUAAUGCCCUCAGGCCUCUGCCAGGCCAGCUCCUACUUUGUUCCACUCCAGUUCUCAGCUGCUGGAGAAACACAAAGUAUGGGAGCCAGUGAGAUGUUUCUCCAAGCUGCAGGAUUUUGUUUUGUAGAAGGCUGAUCUCGGGGCGAGAGGCUGCCGGAGGAUGCCUUGGGCAUGGCGUCUGGUCAUUUUGAGAGUGGACCACAGGUGAAAUGAAGAAAAGGAGAGCCAAUUUUCUUCAUUGUCGGUUUCAGACACUUUGCUGAAAGGGUUCAUCAAAGCUUCCUGGAUAAGUGACUGCUCAGAACCUGCUUUGAUUGUUCCGUUGGAAUUGUGGCAAAAAAAUCAUAAACGGGAUAAAGUAAGAAAUGUGUAUUGGAGCAUUGGAGUUAGAUGAGCUCUCCCAGGCACAUACUGACAAAAUACUGAAUUCCUCUAGGCCAGAAUCCAAACUGAACCUUUCAUUUGUCCAUCAAAAGUACAGCAGUGGCCUUGAACGGCAUUCAGAUAUCCCUAACUUACGAGAACUGGAAAAGGUAAACUCAGUGCGAUCCAUGCUUAUUUCCCUGCUUUCUGGAGAGGAACCGGGCAGGGCUGUGGAAAAAGACUCACCUUGUUCCCCUGAAGAGCGUGAUCUAGGUAAUUUUGAGAUUUGUUUCCCGCAUUCUCAUGAUCCAAGAAAGAAACUUGUGAAUGCAAUAAAUCAAAAUACCGGCUGAGAAAUGUGAUGGGGCAGAUCACAGAACUGAAAUGUUGCAAGCUUUUGGCUUAGUCAGUUUCUAUUGGCCCUCCCUAAUAGGAAUCCCUCCAGUAGCGCCAACUUCAGCUCCUGUGAGCUCCUGCCUUUUGGGGAUACAGCAGUUAUUGCCAAUGUUGUCCUGGUGGGCUUUGGGCCCCUUCUAUUAAAUGUCAUUUUAUGGGAAGUGUGCCUUUUCUGCUCACCCCAUCCCCCUGGGACCGCCUUCCCUGUGGUUCCCAAAUGCCCUCAAGAGCUCCGAUGUGUCGGUGGGACCCCCAUUGGGUUGAUGAUUUGAUUGGUUUAGUCGGGGCUGCCCAGGGAGUGUUAUGUUUUUGACUUUAUUGUUUUCUGUUUGUAAGCUUCCUAUAUUCCGUGGGGUGGACGGCUAUAAUAAAUUGAAAUAAGUAAUGUAUUUUGUUAGAGAAAGUGUACUAAGCCAGGACAAAAUGUGAAUGUUAAGGCAGAAUUUUUUCAAUGCCCAAUACAUUAUUUCUCUUGUAACUAAUGAAUAAAGACUAGAUUGUCUGUC